AUGAAUCAAAGCGAUCCGCAAGACAAAAAAAAUUUCCCAAUGGAAUACUCUUUGACCAAGCAUCUUUUUUUUGAUAGGCUUCUACUUGUUCUUCCCAUAGAAUCUAAUUUGAAAACAUAUGCUGAUGUGGAGGCAGAUUCAGUUUUCAAUUCGUGUCGGUCCAUCAUUUUGAAUAUAGCCAUCACUAAGGACUUGAACCCGAUUAUCGAAAACACAUUAGGUUUAAUUGACUUGAUUGUGCAAGAUGAAGAAAUUACGUCUGACAAUAUUACAGAUGAUAUUGCCCAUUCUAUAUUGGUUCUUUUGAGAUUACUGAGUGAUGUUUUUGAGUAUUACUGGGAUCAAAACAAUGACUUCAAGAAAAUUAGAAACGAUAAUUACAAACCGGGAUUUUCAAGUCACAGGCCAAACUUCCAUACAUCUAGGCCAAAGCACACGAGAAUCAAUCCAGCUUUGGCGACGAUGUUACUAUGUAAAAUUUCUAAGCUGAAGUUCAAUACAAGAACUUUAAAGGUUUUACAGAACAUGUCUCACCAUCUUUCUGGCAGCGCUACUAUCUCAAAAUCGAGUAUUUUACCCGAUUCACAGGAAUUUUUACAAAAGAGAAACUAUCCAGCAUAUACCGAGAAAAUAGAUUUAACAAUAGAUUAUAUCCAGAGAUUCAUAUCUGCUUCCAAUCAUGUUGAAUUCACAAAGUGUGUCAAAACAAAAGUUGUUGCACCUUUAUUGAUAUCACACACCUCAACCGAAUUGGGCGUAGUAAACCACUUGGAUUUAUUUGGUUGUGAGUAUUUGACUGAUAAGAAUCUGCUAGCAUAUCUGGACAUACUACAACACCUGUCAAGUUACAUGAAGAGGACCAUUUUUCAUUCGCUUUUGUUAUAUUAUGCUUCCAAAGCUUUUUUAUUUUGGAUAAUGGCAAGGCCAAAAGAAUACGUCAAAAUUUAUAACAAUCUAAUAUCAUCAGAUUAUAAUAGUCCGUCUUCUUCAUCUGAUAAUGGUGGUUCGAAUAAUUCUGAUAAAACGUCUAUAUCCCAACUAGUCUCACUGUUAUUCGAUGACGUUUAUUCCACUUUUAGUGUAUCAUCAUUAUUAACAAAUGUCAAUAAUGACCACCACUACCAUCUUCAUCAUUCAUCUUCUUCAUCAAAGACGACCAACACUAAUAGUCCAAACUCUAUAUCAAAAACGUCGAUAAAGCAGUCGAGUGUGAAUGCUUCUGGCAAUGUUUCUCCGUCUCAGUUUUCUACUGGGAAUGAUGCAUCGCCUACUUCCCCUAUGGCAUCAUUGAGUUCACCCUUAAACACGAACAUCCUAGGGUAUCCGUUAUCUCCAAUCACUUCAACACUAGGACAGGCGAAUACUUCCACAUCGACUACGGCUGCAACUACCAAAACAGAUGCAGAUACGCCCUCUACUAUGAAUACUAACAACAAUAAUAACAAUAACAACAGCGCUAAUCUUAAUAAUAUUCCACAACGCAUAUUUUCCUUAGAUGACAUUUCAUCCUUUAACUCGAGUAGAAAAUCACUCAAUCUAGAUGAUAGUAACUCCUUGUUUCUUUGGGAUACUUCUCAGCAUUCUAAUGCAUCGAUGACAAAUACAAAUAUGCAUGCAGGAGUUAAUAAUUCUCAGUCUCAGAACGAUCAGUCUUCUUUAAACUAUAUGGAAAAUAUUAUGGAGCUGUAUUCCAACUAUACCGGAUCAGAACUAUCCUCCCAUACUGCCAUAUUAAGGUUUUUGGUGGUUCUGACCUUAUUAGACAGUGAAGUAUAUGAUGAGAUGAACUCAAAUUCGUAUAGAAAAAUUUCGGAACCGAUAAUGAAUAUUAAUCCGAAGGACUCUAAUACUUCAAGUUGGGGCUCAGCAUCCAAAAACCCAAGUAUCAGGCACCUCACCCAUGGCUUAAAAAAACUUACUUUACAGCAAGGCAGGAAACGUAACGUUAAAUUUUUGACAUAUUUGAUUAGAAAUUUGAAUGGGGGACAGUUCGUUUCAGAUGUUUCCUUGAUUGACUCUAUCAGGUCCAUUCUAUUCUUAAUGACAAUGACGUCUUCUAUAUCCCAAAUCGAUUCAAAUAUUGCUUCUGUUAUUUUUUCGAAGAGAUUCUACAACUUGUUGGGUCAAAAUUUAGAGGUCGGCACCAAUUGGAAUUCUGCCACUGCAAAUACUUUUAUUUCUCAUUGUGUUGAAAGGAAUCCCCUUACACAUAGGCGUUUACAAUUAGAGUUUUUUGCAAGCGGUUUACAGCUGGAUUCUGAUUUAUUUUUAAGACAUUUACAACUGGAAAAAGAACUCAAUCACAUAGACCUUCCCAAAAUAUCGUUAUACACUGAAGGAUUUAGGGUAUUUUUUCACCUAGUAAGCACCAAAAAACUUCAUGAGGAUAUUGCAGAAAAAACCUCCUCUGUGUUAAAGAGACUUUUCUGCAUAAUUGCUGAUAUUUUGUUGAAAGCAACGCCUUAUUUUGACGAUAAUGUAACCAAGAUUAUUGCUUCUAUAUUGGAUGGGCAUAUUUUAGAUCAAUUUGACGCUGCGCGAACACUUUCUAAUGAUGAUCAUGUCAGUUUUGAUGCUGCCACAAGCGUUUACACUGAGCCAACCGAAAUUAUUCAUAACUCAUCGGAUGCCUCGUUAGUCUCUUCACUUUCCCAAUCACCCUUAUCAAUUAACUCAGGAAGCAAUAUCACCAAUACGCGCACCUGGGAUAUUCAAUCAAUCUUACCAACCUUAUCGAACAGAUCAAGUGCUUCUGAUUUGAGCUUGUCUAACAUUUUGACUAAUCCGUUGGAGGCACAACAAAAUAAUAAUGCAAACUUGUUAGCCCAUAGAUUAUCUGGGGUUCCUACUACUAAGAGAUACGCUUCACCGAACGACUCUGAAAGAUCACGACAAAGUCCAUAUUCUUCUCCGCCGCAAUUGCAACAAAGUGACUUGCCUUCUCCGCUCUCAGUCCUCUCGUCAAGUGCAGGAUUUUCUUCUAAUCAUUCGAUUACGGCAACCCCAACUAUUUUGAAAAACAUCAAAUCUCCAAAACCAAACAAAACAAAAAAAAUUGCUGAUGAUAAACAAUUGAAACAGCCUUCUUAUUCAAGAGUAAUACUGAGUGACAAUGAUGAAGCAAGAAAGAUUAUGAUGAACAUUUUCAGCAUUUUCAAAAGAAUGACCAACUGGUUUAUACGCCCAGAUGCUAAUACAGAAUUCCCGAAGACUUUUACGGAUAUUAUAAAACCACUUUUUGUCUCUAUAUUGGAUUCUAAUCAAAGACUACAAGUUACAGCGCGGGCUUUUAUUGAAAUCCCAUUAAGUUAUAUAGCUACUUUUGAAGACAUUGAUAAUGAUCUUGACCCAAGAGUACUGAAUGACCAUUAUUUGUUAUGUACAUAUGCCGUUACUUUGUUUGCUUCAUCAUUGUUUGAUUUGAAGUUAGAAAAUGCGAAGAGAGAGAUGCUACUAGACAUUAUUGUUAAAUUUCAACGAGUCCGUUCUUAUUUAUCAAAUUUAGCAGAAAAACACAACCUAGUCCAGGCAAUAAUUACGACGGAGAGGUUGACGCUGCCAUUAUUAGUUGGUGCUGUAGGAAGUGGAAUUUUCAUUUCAUUAUACUGCAGUCGUGGAAAUACGCCACGCUUAAUAAAAAUUUCAUGUUGUGAAUUUCUACGAUCCUUGAGAUUUUAUCAAAAAUACGUAGGCGCUUUGGAUCAAUAUUCCAUUUACAAUAUUGAUUUCAUAGAUGCUAUGGCCCAGGACAAUUUCACUGCCUCAGGAUCAGUGGCUUUGCAACGGCGUCUAAGAAAUAAUAUUUUAACUUAUAUCAAAGGAUCCGACUCAAUCCUUUUGGAUUCAAUGGACGUGAUUUACAAGAAGUGGUUUUACUUCAGCUGUUCGAAAUCAGUUACGCAAGAGGAACUAGUAGAUUUUAGAAGCUUGGCAGGCAUUCUAGCUUCUAUGUCAGGUAUUCUGUCUGAUAUGCAAGAGUUGGAAAAAAGCAAGAGCGCUCCAGAUAAUGAAGGAGACAGCUUAUCAUUUGAGUCACGAAAUCCCGCUUAUGAGGUGCACAAAAGUCUUAAACUCGAGUUAACGAAAAAAAUGAAUUUCUUUAUUUCAAAACAAUGUCAAUGGUUGAAUAAUCCAAAUCUAUUAACAAGAGAAAAUUCGAGAGAUAUAUUAAGUAUUGAGUUGCAUCCUCUAUCUUUUAACUUAUUGUUUAACAACCUAGGACUGAAAAUAGAUGAACUGAUGUCAAUUGAUCUUUCAAAGUCACAUGAGGAUUCAUCGUUUGUUUUACUAGAGCAGAUAAUAAUUAUAAUAAGAACUAUACUAAAGAGGGAUGAUGAUGAAAAGAUAAUGCUACUCUUUUCGACGGACUUGCUUGAUGCGGUCGAUAAGUUGAUCGAAAUAGUGGAGAAAAUUUCCAUCAAGUCCUCCAAAUAUUAUAAGGGAAUUAUCCAAAUGUCGAAAAUGUUUAGAGCAUUUGAGCACUCUGAAAAGAACCUGGGCAUUUCAAAUCAUUUCCAUUUAAAGAAUAAAUGGUUGAAGUUAGUUAUUGGUUGGUUCAAACUAUCUAUUAAUAAGGAUUAUGAUUUUGAAAACCUGUCAAGACCAUUAAGGGAAAUGGAUUUGCAGAAAAGGGACGAAGAUUUUUUGUAUAUCGACACUUCUAUUGAAUCUGCAAAAGCAUUGGCUUACCUAACACAUAAUGUUCCUUUAGAAAUACCGCCUUCAAGCUCAAAAGAAGAUUGGAACAGAUCUUCUACAGUAUCAUUUGGCAAUCACUUUACUAUUUUGUUAAAAGGUCUGGAGAAAAGCGCGGACCUGAAUCAGUUUCCAGUUUCAUUAAGGCAUAAGAUCAGUAUACUUAAUGAAAAUGUAAUAAUAGCGCUAACGAACUUAUCUAAUGCCAAUGUCAACGUUUCUUUAAAAUUCACUUUACCAAUGGGUUAUUCUCCAAAUAAAGAUAUCAGAAUCGCCUUUUUAAGAGUUUUCAUCGACAUAGUAACCAACUAUCCAGUUAACCCUGAGAAACAUGAAAUGGAUAAAAUGCUAGCUAUAGACGACUUCCUGAAAUAUAUAAUCAAGAACCCAAUAUUAGCAUUUUUCGGAAGUUUAGCGUGUUCUCCUGCUGAUGUUGAUUUAUAUGCUGGUGGAUUCUUAAACGCCUUUGACACUAGAAAUGCGUCUCAUAUCCUUGUUACUGAGCUCCUUAAACAAGAAAUCAAACGGGCCGCAAGAUCAGACGAUAUUCUCAGAAGAAAUAGUUGUGCAACAAGGGCUUUGUCACUUUACACUAGAUCUAGAGGUAACAAAUAUUUGAUAAAAACUUUGAGACCCGUUUUGCAAGGGAUAGUGGAUAACAAGGAGUCUUUUGAAAUUGAUAAGAUGAAACCAGGAUCCGAAAACUCCGAAAAGAUGUUAGACUUAUUUGAGAAGUACAUGACAAGAUUAAUUGACGCAAUUACAAGUUCUAUUGAUGAUUUCCCAAUAGAAUUAGUUGAUAUCUGUAAAACAAUUUACAAUGCUGCUAGUGUAAAUUUUCCAGAAUACGCAUAUAUUGCCGUUGGGUCAUUCGUUUUCUUGAGGUUUAUCGGGCCUGCUUUAGUUAGUCCUGAUUCGGAAAAUAUCAUUAUUGUUACGCACGCCCAUGACAGAAAGCCCUUUAUUACACUAGCUAAAGUUAUUCAAAGUUUAGCUAAUGGCAGGGAAAAUAUAUUCAAGAAAGAUAUCUUAGUUUCAAAAGAAGAGUUUUUGAAAACCUGUAGUGAUAAAAUAUUCAAUUUUUUGUCUGAAUUGUGCAAGAUACCGACUAACAAUUUCACCGUCAAUGUAAGAGAAGAUCCGACACCAAUAAGCUUUGACUACUCAUUUUUGCAUAAAUUCUUUUACCUCAAUGAGUUUACCAUAAGAAAAGAAAUUAUUAAUGAAUCCAAAUUACCAGGGGAGUUCAGCUUUUUGAAAAAUACUGUUAUGCUCAACGACAAAAUUCUUGGUGUAUUGGGACAACCUAGCAUGGAAAUAAAAAAUGAAAUUCCUCCUUUUGUAGUCGAGAAUCGGGAAAAAUAUCCUUCAUUGUAUGAAUUCAUGAGUCGCUAUGCCUUCAAAAAAGUGGACAUGAAAGAAGAAGAAGAGGAUAAUGCGCCAUUUGUACAUGAAGCAAUGACAUUGGAUGGCAUACAAAUCAUUGUCGUAACUUUUACCAAUUGCGAGUACAAUAAUUUUGUAAUGGACUCACUGGUCUAUAAAGUUCUGCAGAUAUAUGCAAGAAUGUGGUGCUCUAAACAUUAUGUAGUUAUCGAUUGUACCACCUUUUAUGGGGGUAAGGCUAAUUUCCAAAAAUUGACUACUCUAUUUUUCAGUUUGAUACCAGAGCAAGCAUCAAGUAAUUGUAUGGGAUGUUAUUACUUCAACGUCAACAAAUCAUUUAUGGACCAAUGGGCCUCAUCAUAUACUGUAGAAAAUCCGUACUUGGUCACUACAAUUCCCCGUUGUUUCAUCAACAGCAAUACUGACCAAAGUUUGAUAAAGUCCUUAGGAUUGAGUGGUAGGAGUUUGGAAGUUUUGAAAGAUGUAAGAGUUACUUUGCAUGAUAUUACCCUUUAUGACAAGGAAAAAAAGAAGUUUUGUCCCGUGUCCUUGAAGAUAGGAAACAAAUACUUCCAAGUUUUACAUGAGAUUCCGCAGUUGUACAAGGUUACCGUAUCAAACAGGACAUUCAGCAUCAAAUUCAACAAUGUUUACAAGAUAUCAAAUUUAAUUUCAGUCGAUGUCUCUAACACCACAGGCGUUUCCUCGGAAUUUACGUUAAGUCUUGAUAAUGAAGAAAAGUUGGUAUUUUGCAGUCCGAAGUACCUAGAAAUUGUGAAAAUGUUUUAUUAUGCCCAGUUAAAGAUGGAAGAAGACUUUGGUACGGAUUUUUCGAACGAUAUUUCAUUUUCAACAUCCUCUUCAGCAGUUAAUGCUUCUUACUGCAAUGUUAAAGAAGUUGGUGAAAUUAUAUCACAUUUGUCAUUGGUGAUCCUUGUAGGUUUAUUCAAUGAGGAUGAUCUCGUCAAAAACAUAUCAUACAACCUUCUCGUGGCAACGCAAGAAGCAUUUAAUUUAGAUUUUGGGACAAGGCUUCACAAAUCCCCAGAGACAUAUGUACCCGAUGAUACCACCACGUUCUUGGCCCUAAUUUUCAAGGCUUUUUCAGAAUCUUCAACGGAACUAACUCCAUAUAUAUGGAAAUAUAUGCUGGAUGGCCUUGAAAACGACGUGAUUCCUCAAGAACAUAUUCCUACGGUUGUCUGUUCAUUGUCAUACUGGGUACCAAACUUAUAUGAACAUGUAUAUUUGGCAAAUGACGAAGAGGGACCAGAGGCGAUUUCACGUAUAAUCUAUAGCUUAAUCAGGUUGACGGUCAAAGAGCCAAAUUUCACGACAGCUUACCUUCAACAGAUUUGGUUUUUACUGGCAUUGGAUGGUCGUCUCACGAACGUGAUAGUUGAAGAAAUAGUAAGUCAUGCGCUGGAUAGAGAUUCAGAAAACAGAGACUGGAUGAAAGCUGUGUCAAUACUAACCAGUUUUCCAACGACAGAGAUUGCUUGUCAGGUAAUAGAGAAGCUAAUAAAUAUGAUCAAAUCUUUUCUACCUUCUCUAGCAGUUGAGGCUUCCGCACACAGUUGGUCUGAGCUUACUAUUUUAUCAAAAAUUAGUGUGUCAAUUUUCUUUGAAUCACCCUUACUUUCCCAGAUGUAUUUACCGGAGAUUCUUUUCGCUGUGUCUCUGUUAAUUGAUGUCGGUCCUUCGGAAAUAAGAGUCUCAUUGUACGAGUUGUUGAUGAAUGUUUGUCAUUCUUUAACCAACAAUGAGUCCUUACCUGAAAGGAAUAGGAAAAAUUUGGAUAUCGUCUGUGCAACAUUCGCACGUCAAAAGUUGAACUUUAUCUCCGGUUUUAGCCAAGAAAAAGGUAGAGUUUUACCAAAUUUUGCCGCUUCCUCCUUCUCCAGUAAAUUCGGAACAUUAGAUCUCUUCACUAAAAACAUUAUGCUAUUGAUGGAAUAUGGUUCUAUUUCAGAGGGUGCACAAUGGGAGGCAAAAUAUAAGAAAUAUUUGAUGGAUGCGAUUUUUGGCCAUCGGUCGUUCUUCUCUGCGAGAGCUAUGAUGAUUCUAGGUAUAAUGAGUAAGUCGCACACGUCCCUUUUCCUUUGUAAAGAACUUUUAGUUGAAACCAUGAAGGUCUUCGCAGAGCCAGUUGUGGAUGAUGAACAAAUGUUCAUCAUUAUAGCUCAUGUCUUUACUUACAGCAAAAUUGUCGAAGGGUUAGAUCCUUCUUCAGAAUUAAUGAAAGAGCUAUUUUGGCUUGCUACAAUAUGUGUUGAAUCCCCUCAUCCUUUACUCUUUGAAGGUGGUCUCCUGUUCAUGGUAAAUUGUUUGAAGCGACUGUACACGGUCCAUCUUCAACUUGGAUUCGAUGGCAAAUCGCUAGCCAAAAAAUUAAUGGAAUCUAGAAAUUUUGCUGCUACGCUUUUGGCUAAGUUAGAGUCAUACAAUGGAUGCAUAUGGAACGAAGAUAAUUUUCCUCAUAUUAUUUUAGGUUUCAUUGCAAACGGUUUAUCCAUUCCUGUCGUAAAAGGAGCCGCAUUAGAUUGUCUACAGGCCCUUUUCAAGAAUACAUAUUACGAAAGAAAGUCCAACCCAAAAUCCUCCGAUUAUCUUUGUUACCUUUUCUUACUCCAUUUGGUCUUAAGUCCUGAACAACUUUCUACCUUGUUACUUGAAGUCGGCUUCGAAGAUGAACUGGUACCUUUAAAUAAUACACUAAAAGUGCCACUUACUUUGAUCAACUGGCUAAGUUCAGACUCAGAUAAAUCUAAUAUAGUCUUAUACCAAGGAGCACUUUUGUUUAGCUGUGUUAUGUCAGACGAACCAUGUAAAUUCCGUUUUGCUCUAUUGAUGAGGUAUUUGCUCAAAGUCAACCCUAUUUGUGUAUUCAGGUUCUAUACGCUGACUAGAAAGGAAUUCAGGAGGUUAUCAACCCUAGAACAAUCAUCUGAAGCGGUUGCUGUCUCUUUUGAAUUGAUUGGGAUGCUUGUUACACACAGUGAGUUUAAUUACCUAGAGGAAUUUAAUGAUGAAAUGGUCGAACUUUUAAAAAAGAGAGGCUUGUCAGUUGUGAAGCCUCUGGAUAUUUUUGAUCAGGAACAUAUAGAAAAGUUAAAAGGAGAGGGUGAACAUCAAGUGGCAAUUUAUGAGAGAAAAAGAUUAGCAACAAUGAUACUGGCAAGAAUGUCGUGCUCCUAA